AUGGAGACUUUGCAGACACUUGUUCAAACAACUGUCUCUAAUCAAAUGACACAAUUGACUCAGAAUCGAGGGAGCAUAUCAAUAGAAGCUAAAUAUCUACGAGAUUUUAAGAAGUACGAUCCUCGCUCUUUUGAUGGACUAUCUGUAGAUCCAAUGUUGGCAGAGGCUUGGUUGUCAUUGAUGGAGACCAUCUUUCGUUAUAUGAGGUGUCUGGAGGAACAAAAAGUGCAGUGUGAUGUCUUUAUGCUAAAAGAUGAUGCCUUUUUGUGGUGGGAGUCUACAGAAAGGCCUAUCGAUGUGAGUGGAGGCCCAGUUACCUGGUUGCAGUUUAAGGAGGCCUUCUUCCAACAAUAUUACCCAGCGAUCACGUGGUAUAGGAAGCAAGUUGAAUUUCUGAACCUGAAGCAAGACAAUAGAUCAGUGGAGGAAUAUGACAGAGAAUUCACAAAAUUGUCCCGUUUUGCCCCUGAGUUAGUAGACACAGAGGCUACGAAGUGUGAACGAUUUAUAAUAGAUUUGAAGGAUGAGAAUAAAGGCUUUGUAGCAACCCUCUCUCCACCAGACUAUGCUACAGCACUUCGUACGGCUGCAUUGAUUGACAAUCGUUCAGCAAGUGGGUCCCAAGUGCCUCUAGGACCAGGAUCGUCCUUAUGA